AUGGAGAAAGAGCAAGAAGCAGCCAGCGAGCACAGUGAAGAAAGGUGCCUCCAGGAGAGUGUGCAGCCUGAGGAGUUUGUGGCCAUUGCAGACUAUUCUGCUACUGAUGAAACACAGCUCAGUUUUUUGAGAGGAGAAAAAAUUCUUAUCCUGAGGCAAACUACUGUUGAUUGGUGGUGGGGUGAGCUUGCAGGCAGCUGUGGUUACAUACCAGCUAACCACGUUGGCAAACACUUGGAGGAGUAUGGUCCUGAAGACUCAUGGCAAGAUGAAGAGUACUUUGGCAGUUACGGAACGCUGAAACUUCACUUGGAAAUGUUGGCAGACCAGCCACGAACAAGUAAAUACUACAAUGUUAUCCUGCAGAAUAAAGAUUCCCUGAAAGAUAAAGUAAUCUUGGAUGUUGGCUGUGGAACUGGGAUCAUCAGCCUCUUCUGUGCGCAUCAUGCUCAGCCCAGAGCUGUGUACGCUGUGGAGGCCAGUGAGAUGGCACAGCAUACGGGGCAGCUCGUCCUGCAGAAUGGCUUUGCUGACACCAUCACAGUGUUCCAGCAGAAGGUGGAGGAUGUGGUGCUUCCAGAGAAGGUGGAUGUGCUGGUGUCUGAGUGGAUGGGGACCUGCCUGCUGUUUGAGUUCAUGAUCGAGUCCAUCCUGUAUGCUCGGGACACGUGGCUGAAGGAGGACGGGGUCAUCUGGCCGACCACAGCUGCGCUGCACCUCGUGCCCUGCAGUGCUGACAGGGACUACCACAGCAAGGUCCUCUUCUGGGACAAUGCCUACGAGUUCAACCUGAGCGCACUGAAAUCUUUAGCAAUUAAGGAAUUUUUUUCAAAGCCCAAGUAUAAUCACCUUUUGAAUCCAGAAGACUGCCUCUCUGAACCAUGUACUAUAUUACAGUUGGACAUGAGAACUGUACAAAUCUCUGAUCUAGAGACAAUGAAAGGUGAACUGCGCUUCGAUAUAAAAAAAUCUGGUACUUUUCAUGGGUUUACAGCCUGGUUCAGCGUCAGGUUCCAGAAUCUGGAAGAAGACAAACCACAGUUAGUUCUGAGCACUGGUCCUUUCCACCCCACAACCCACUGGAAGCAGACAUUGUUUAUGAUGGACGACCCUGUCUCCGUCCACAUAGGAGAUGUGGUCACAGGCUCCAUGGUGCUGCAGAGAAACCCCGUGUGGAGAAGGCACAUGUCAGUUGCCCUGAGCUGGUCCAUCACUUCUAGACAAGACCCCACGUCUCAAAGAGUUGGAGAAAAAACCUUUCCAAUCUGGAGAUGA